AUGUCAGUCGAUAUUCGAAAUCGUACUAUUGAGUUCCAGAAACGAUGUGCGAUCAUAUCCAAGAAGAAUAAGGCCAAUAAUGCGUCUGUUGCUUCAAACAAUUCAAUACCAAACAAAUCUGAGUUCCAAAAAAAAGCAUCAGAGAUAGCACAUGAGAUCGCAAACACGGCUGUACAGUUGGGCAAGCUAUCACAAUUGGCGAAACGGAAACCGUUAUUAAAUGAUAACCCUGUUGAGAUAAUGGAAUUGACGUUUCUCAUUAAGCGUCGUAUCUACACCAUCGAGAACGAAAUAAUGGAAUUGAAUAAAUUACAGAUUGGCACUAAACAGCAUAAACAGAACGUGAUGACAUUGCUCAAUACCAAGAUGAAAAACAUAAGUGGGAAUUUCAAGGAUGUUUUGGAGACAAGACAGAAAUUAGAGCUUGAGAAUCAGGAUAGAUUAGAAAGAUUGACGCAUGUUGGUGGAUCAGAUAACAAAGAUUCAACAAACAAUACAUCUUCAUUGGUACCUGCAGGAGCCAGCAGCAACAUUAUAGGACAUGGUUACAAUAAUGUGAAUCCCUUCAUAAGCAAUUUGAUUGACGAUGAGACCAACAAUACAUCUUCUUCUGCGAAUAACGGUCUUACCCUUCCCGCCAACGGUAAUCUAUUACUAUUAGAAGAACAACAAGAUCAGAGAUAUCUACAGGAAAGAAGUAAUGCUAUUGAAACCAUUGAGAGUACGAUACAGGAAGUCGGUAAUCUUUUCCAACAAUUGGCUCAUAUGGUACAAGAACAAGGAGAAACGAUUCAAAGAAUUGACGAUAAUGUAGGAGACAUUGAGAUGAAUAUUCAUGGAGCGCAGAGAGAAUUACUAAAAUAUUUUGAUAAUAUCAGUAAUAAUAGAUGGAUGGCUGUGAAAAUAUUUGCGAUUAUAUUUGUAUUUUUCUUGUUAUGGGUUUUAGUAAACUGA